AGAACAUGAGCAACACCGACUCUGUUUUCUUUUAGUCAGCUUUACCAACCUCUUCAUCACUUCAUCCAUCUCUAAACAUACUUGUGUUCCAUCUUUCUCUCUCUAUCCGUAUCAAUCUCUCUCUCUCUCUCUCUCUGCGCUGCAAGCAUGGCUGAACAAGCUUAUACUGUGGCAUCUGACAGCGAAACAACUGCAGAGGAAAAGUCUUCCUCACCCUUUCCGGAAAUUGCAAUUGGUGUUGACAUUGGUACUUCUCAAUGUAGUGUUGCAUUUUGGAAUGGUUCUCAGGUCGAGCUCCUCAAGAAUACAAGGAAUCAGAAGAUGAUGAGAUCAUACGUCACCUUCAAGGAUGAGACUCCUACAGGUGGAGUUAAUAAUCAGCUUUCUCAUGAGUAUGAAGUGUUAUCUGGGGCUGCUAUCUUUAACAUGAAGCGCUUGAUUGGUAGAGUUGACACAGACCCUGUUGUCCAUGCAAGCAAGAACCUCCCCUUUUUGGUACAGACUUUGGAUAUAGGUGUUAGACCGUUUAUUGCUGCCUUGGUCAAUCAUAUGUGGAGGUCUACUACUCCGGAAGAAGUUCUUGCAAUAUUUUUGGUUGAAUUAAGAGCCAUGGCUGAAGUUCAGCUCAAACGUCCUGUCAGGAAUAUUGUUCUGACAAUUCCAGUGUCAUUUAGUCGGUUUCAAAUCACCCGGAUUGAGCGAGCAUGUGCUAUGGCAGGCCUUCAUGUUCUGAGGUUAAUGCCUGAACCAACUGCCGUUGCGUUGUUGUAUGCACAAGAGCAGCAAGUUAAUGUACAUGAGAACAUGGGUAGCGGAAGUGAAAAGAUCGCUCUUAUUUUCAAUAUGGGUGCUGGGUAUACUGAUGUUGCCGUGACUGCGACAGCAGGUGGGGUGUCACAAAUAAAAGCCUUAGCAGGAGCCACUAUUGGGGGUGAAGAUUUACUUCAGAAUCUGAUGCAUCACCUCUUACCUGACUUCGAUAGUCUUAUUUCAAGUCGCGGCAUCAAUGAGAUAAAGAUAAUGGGGCUUCUUCGCGUUGCGACACAGGAUGCCAUACAUAAGCUGUCUUAUGAGGAAAAUGUUCAAAUUGAUGUCGACUUGGGAAAUGGGACAAAGAUAUGUAAGGUUGUUGACAGGACAGAAUUCGAGGAAGUGAACCGGGCAAUAUUUGAACAUUGUGAGAAGCUUGUUAUACAAUGUUUGAAUGAUGCCAAAGUGGAGGUUGGAAAUCUCAAUGAUGUAAUACUUGUUGGAGGCUGUUCGAAUAUUCCCAAGGUGACAAAUCUUGUCAAGGGGGUGUGCAAAAGACAGGAACUAUAUGAUGGAAUUAACACAUUGGAAGCAGCCGUUUGUGGAGCAGCAUUGGAAGGAGCAGUGGCUUCAGGGAUCAGCGAUCCAUUUGGCAGUUUGGACCUCUUGACCAUUCAAGCUACACCAUUGAACAUUGGAGUUCGAGCUGAUGGAAAUUGCUUUGUACCAAUCAUACUUAAAAACACCGCAAUGCCAGUAAGGAAAGAGCUUGUCUUCACAACUGUUCAUGAUAACCAACCAGAGGCAUUGAUUGUUGUUUAUGAAGGUGAUGAGAAAGUAGUAGAAAAGAACCAUAUGCUGGGCUACUUCAAAAUCACUGGGAUACCUCCAGCUCCAAAAGGCAAUCCAGAGAUUACUGUAUGCAUGGAUAUUGAUGCUUCUAAUGUUCUGAGAGUCUUAGCAGGAGUGGUUAUGCCCGGCGCUCAAACUCCAGUGAAUCCUUUCAUGGAAGUUAGGAUGCCAACUGUCGAUGAUGGCCAUGGAUGGUGUGGUGAAGCUCUGCUUAGAACUUACCAGACAAAUCUGGAUGUUACGGUCCUACAGAAGAACAAACUACACUAAGUCUCAAAUGCCAUGUUGUCUUUCUGAUUGUUUCCUGUGUUGUUCAUCCUUGCCAUUGUAAAAUAGUAAUAAGUGGCCUCAAGGAUGGUGUUUUUCAAGUCAAGUGAUCGGAUAGAUGUAUGUAAAACCAAAUGUGUCUUGUGCUAUGUUUGUAAUGAGAUGAGUUGUAUAA